GACAAGAUGGGUCUUGGUGUUGUGUCACGUGAGUUGCCGCUUCUCAAACAUGGCUGCUGAAUUCGUGCAGAGUCAAACACCACAACCUUCGAACUGGCUGCCGUCUGCCCGCUGACACGCAUCGCAGAUGGAUUGGACACAUGUUGCAAUUGUGUCCUUAUUUUACCGAAGUUAAAAUAUCCUUGAAACUUACAAUGAAAGACCGUGCGACUCUUCUGCUGUUAGCAUAGCUAGCUCCUUCGGCUAGCUGUCAAGUGCUGCAAGUUAGCCAAGGAUAUGAGCGAGAAGCAUUUAAAUCUUCUCUUGUGGUUAAGGAUACCCCCCUCCCUUUGUGUGAAAGCCAAUUCCGGUUGGCGAUAAGGUGAAUGCAGCCAGACACGUUACAUCUCUGAGCGAGUUGGAUUCCUGCAGAGGCUCACAAUGGAUUGGCUCGUGCGUGAAGUGGAAAAAGACUUGGUCAUCGACCGAAGGCAGCUGAGCUCCGGGCCUCGUCCCCAAGAGCUUGUUGCUUUGGUGCCCACGCGCUGGUUGACGGCUUUGAGGGAGAGAAAACUCAUGCGCUUUGCCCAUUUGGACAGCAUCAGCGAGUCGGAAAUUUGGACAUAUCUUCAGUGUUCCCAGGCUAAAUUGCCCCCAGGCUGGACACGAGUGUGCAUACAGGGUCUGAGAAAAAGCAAGCUGAGCUACAGACUGGUCAGAGACCCGUGUCUUCAACCGAGUGACACAUCAACAAAGGACUCCUACGUGGGCACCAUGCAGCUCGUAUCACAGCAUAAUGUCAGGAAUCUGUGGCGUGAAGCCUAUUCCAAACAUGUCCAACCCUACGCCAGAACCACUGAGCAGAUGCACAUUGCAGCUGUGGACGCAGUGCGGCAUGCCCUGCAGAAGCUCUUCAACUCCACCUUCAUUGCAUGUGACAAAAUGUCACCGUCCCUCUCUCCAGCCAGAGAGAAGGAGAGAGAAAACUUCUUGCCGUCCACUUCUUCAAAGCCUCACUCCGUGUGUCCCAAUGUGCUAUCUGCAGAGUGUCUGCUGGAGACAUCAGAGAUGCUUUACGUGAUUCUACCUUACACUCAGUAUUCACUUUAUGACAUUGUCUCCUUCAGCCCAGCCAAGCUAGCCAACAGUCAUGCUAAAGUGUUGUUCAUUCUCUAUCAGUUGCUAACAGCGAUGCAGGCGUGUCACACUGCCGGAUUGCCCUGCGGGGAUCUCUCUUUGCUGGAUGUUGCAGUUGACGAGAAGCUCUGCAGCCGUCUUAAACUCAACCUCGCCCAUUUUGAGGAACUGGGACCUGAUGUGCCUCCCAGCAAUGACAUCACUGGGAGGCAGUUGCCAAAAAGUGCCGUGACAAGCGGCAACGCCUGUUCAAGCCAGAACCAAAUGCUUUGCAAGGACUGCUUUGAUGAGCUCAAGACGUUAGUUCUUGAUUGGGUUCAUGGGCGGGUCAGUAACUAUAGCUACCUGAUGGAACUCAACAGGUUAGCGGGGCGGCGAGAGGGAGACCCAAAUUACCACCCGGUCCUACCAUGGGUGGUGGAUUUUACCGUGCCAUUUGGAAAAUUCCGAGAUCUCAGAAGGUCCAAGUUCAGGCUCAACAAGGGGGAUAAGCAACUUGACUUCACUUAUGAGAUGACCAAAGAGGCUUUAGCGGCCGCAGUGGGCAAUGGUAUAGCAGGAGUCGGCGUAGGAGGGGACCUCAGUGGAUCCGUCAGUGCGAGUGGGGCCGGCCAGUCGGACCACCUUCACGUACCUCAUCACAUAUCAGAUGUGCUCUCCGAUAUUACGUACUAUGUCUACAAAGCCCGACAGACACCCAAAUCGGUGCUGUGCAGCCAUGUAAGGUCCCAAUGGGAGCCUAAUGAGUACCCUUCCAAUAUGGAGCGCAUGCAGAGUUGGACCCCCGAUGAGUGCAUCCCCGAGUUCUACACGGACCCUUCUAUUUUCCGCUCCAUACAUCCCGACAUGCCAGACCUAGAUGUGCCUUCCUGGUGCAAGUCCUGUGAGGUUUUUAUCGAAGUCCAUCGACGCCUCCUAGAAAGCAGAGAGGUGUCCCAAAACCUGCAUCAUUGGAUAGACCUCACUUUUGGCUACAAGCUUUCCGGUAAAGAAGCAGUCAAAGCCAAGAAUGUGUGCUUGCACCUAGUGGACAACCACACCAAUCUGACCACUUACGGUGUAGUCCAGUUAUUUGACCAGCCCCACCCGCCUCGCUUAUCUGCUUCUCAGUACGCCUCAGCCGAACCGCCUUUUCUUGGCCUCGCCGCUCUUAACGUGCCUUCUCUACACAUCCCACAAAUCAACACAGCGUCUGACUCUGUUGUGGUGCCGGAGUCCACGGGUUGUGAAUCCAGUGGCUGGACCAUGGUGGACAGAGAUGAAGAACUUGAACAAGGUACAGAAGCUCUGGAUUCAUUAAUGUCCACUGGAUCGUCCACUGCUGCAUCUUCUGGUCCGUUGUCAAGUAUUACAUCAGGAGGGAAAAUGGGAGACACUGCACUUAUAUCCCAGUCGCCUACGUCCUUCACUGGUGAUGUCACAAGCAGUUUGGUCCCUGGUUUACGUAGUGUCAUGCUCCAAAGAGGUGGACAGGUGAAUAAAAAGCACGGCGACGGAAGUGCCACCACUAAUGCUGAAGAUAUCAAAAUUAUUCUCCCCGAGGGUUUCAACCCGCUGCAACCUUUGGAAGAGCUGGAAAAGUUAAACAACUUCCUGGUGAGGAGUUUGCACGCCCAAGUGUCGCAGUCAUCACCUGAAGCAAGUGAAGCCGGGUCGAUCGAAACGGCACCGUCUCUCACGCAGCUUUUCCAAAGAGAUAUGCAAGCUCUUGGCGUGCUCAUCGCUGAGAUAUUUUACUCUUCAAAAGUACGAGGGGUAAAACCAGGUGCCCCUCUCAGACAACGUUUCGGUGCCGUUAUAAAGAUGUGCUCCUUUGGUCUCCGUGAUGUCCCGCUUCCUUUACAUCACGCUCUCCAGAAACUGCUACUAAUAGACAAGCAUUCCGAAAUCGAGCUUGGAAAAGUGAGUCAUUGUCCACGUCCGCUUCUUUUCAAUUAUGAUCCCAUCUGUGAUGGCCUUCCUCCUCCAAAUCCGACCCACUUACUGAACACUUUCAUCACCCCGUUUCCUUUUCCUUCAUAUUUUGCUGCACUUCAUCGCUUUAUUGUUUCAUUCCAUGACAAGAUGGAGACCGUGUGUAGCCUUCAAGGAAGAGACGUAGUCUUGCACUUGUGGCAGCAGUUAGAAGCGCUUCUAGGAGCCAACAUCACACCUGAGGGCCUGGAGAUUCUCUUACCUUUCAUCCUGGCCAUUAUGCUCGAGGAGUCCACCGCCGUCUAUGCCGCUUGGUACUUGUUUGAGCCAAUCUCAAGAGUCCUCGGACCCAGAAACGCAAACAAGUUUCUUUUGAAACCGCUGGUCAACGUCUACGAGAACCCUCGCUGCCUGCGGGGACGUUUCUAUCUUUACACAGACUGUUUUGUUCUGCAGCUCAUCAUGAGGCUCGGCUUGCAGGCCUUUCUCUCCAACUUGCUCCCCCAUGUGCUGCAGGUCCUGACCGGCUCCGAAAGCUGUUCCUCUGGUUCCGCUGGGGAAGUUUGUAAAGAAAUGCGUAGUGGAACUUGUAACCUAGGAGAAGAGGAAGAAGAGGGAUUUCAGGCUGGUGAUGUGCGGUCUUCAUCUGGGUCAGUCAGCGGGAACAUGGUUGGCGGCAAUGGGGGUAGUAGCGUCGGAGCGGUGGGAGACACCGGGUUGGUUGACUACUCCUCAGGCAUCAGUCUAAACGAUCAGGUGUUUCUGUCAGAGUCGGAGGACUUUCAGAACGAGUUCUACAUUAACAACGGCACAUCAGGUGACGGUGGAAAACAGCCGGGACAGAACUCUGCGGCAAAGGACCAAGACCAAGAGUCUCUGAGCGUGGGAAAGCUUAGCGACAAAAGCAGCACAAGCGAACUCUCGUUAGGCGAUGGGGACUCCAUGAGAGAUCGAGCCAGUCUCAAAUCGGCAGACAGCACCCAGGAUCUGAAACAAACCAGCGAGGGAGAAGACGGAGGAGAGGUGGAUGAUGAGGAGAUGACUGAAGCUAAUGAUUAUAAACUGAGUGCAGACGACCCUUCCACCCCCAAGUUGGAGCUGCCUUUCUCUGGUCGCACUGAAGAUUCAGGCGCCACUGUUACCACUCUGGAGAACGAGUUUGUGAACAGAAUGGGGCUGGAGGAGACAGAGAAAGGUAUUAUGGAGGACCAGGAGGAAGAGGCAGACCAUGGGCCGUCGGAGGAUUGGCAGGAGAAGGAGCAAAAAAUUAUCUUAGAAACAGUCUGCAAAACAGUCCGUUGGCUCUCAGCCAAACUUGGACCAACAGUGACGUCUCGAUGUGUGGCCAGAAACUUGCUUCGAUUACUCACAAAUUGCUACAUUGACCCUGAGAGUCACCAGUUUGUAACUCCCAGACUUGAAGAGACCAAUCCAGAGAGCGUGGGAAUGGGCAGCGUGUAUGAAAAGAGACCCGUGGUUGGCGAUGAGACAGCCGAACCCGUGUUGGACUGUCUCAUUUACAUCGCUCAGCUGUACGGAGAACCUGUACUCACGUAUCAGUACCUGCCCUAUAUAGGAUACCUGGUGUCUCCACCUUCUUCGCAGCGUCUCAACACGCGUAAGGAGGCCAGCCUGCUGGGUGCUGUUGCACUCACACAGAAGAUCAUUGUCUUUCUUUCUGACACCACGCUCAUGGAUAUGCUCAUGAAAAUUAACCAGGAUGUACUUCUGCCACUUCUUGACCUGCUUACCAACCCCCGCAUGGGGUUCCCCAGCGGGGGGCAGACUCGCACCGUGGUGUGUCUUAAGACACUUCGCCUGAUGGCUCUCAUCUGCCUUCGCAUCGGGAGGGAGAUGGUGCAGCAGCAUAUGGCAGACACGCUACGCCGGUUCUUUGCUGUUUUCUCCCUGCUACAUUGUCUGCAGCCUCAGAUUGAAAGUGCACCCCGCAGAGUUGUAGGGGAGGUGACGGUGGUGGACGUUAGGACGCCUGAAGACUCCAAUGAGACGUAUGAAUUGGUCGUCUUGGAGGAGCUGCAGAGUGUAUUCAGCACAGAGAUGGCGCAUGCCUCCUACAUCCCGUUUUACUGCCUCAUUGGUGAUGUGGCAAUCCGGAAACUGGUACCCAACCAUGAACUGGUCUGGCAGUUGGCGUCUUCAUACCAUCAGAGCGUCAGUCAUGACUUGCGAGAAGCAAAUGCCGUUUCAAGAAUGGACUUGCCUCCAUCCUCCUCUAGUUUUAGCAGGCCCUCGGGGUGCAGCCCCUUCCCCUCACCUUCAAUUAGCUCAACCCCACUGGGAGACCCACUCCCAGAGUCAGGAACCUUUGGAAGCCACCUGGUAGGAAACCGUAUUCAAGUGUCAAGGGAAUCUUAUUAUAGUAGUAGUCCUAACAUGGGGUUGGCUAGCUCCUGGGGAUGCUCCAACCAUAUCACGCCCAUUAACACCACUGCCUCUGCCAUCACCACUUCAUCCAUCACUACAGCACCCUUCUCUUCAUCCUGGGUAACUGGACCCCCUCCGGAGGACAGCGCUCUUAAGCAGGAACUGGCUCGUAGUGGUCGUUCCUUGCAGGGCAACUGGCUGGCCUACUGGCAGUACGAAAUCGGUCUCAAUCAGCAGGAUCCUCAUUUCCACUUCCACCAGAUUCGUCUUCAGAGCUUUCUGGGUCACUCCGGCGCUACAAAGUGUUUGGCACCGCUGGCGGGCGAGGAUUACUUUCUCUCCGGGGGUAAAGAUAAAACCGUCAAGCUUUGGCCUCUUUACAACCGUGGCGACGGGACACAGGAAGUGGAGCCGAGGCUAACAUAUAACGACCACCGCAAGUCAGUCUUCUAUGUUGGUCAGCUGGAAGCUUCGCAAGAGGUGAUCAGCUGUGAUGGAACUGUGCACCUGUGGGACCAGUUUACUGGGAGACAGAUCCGCUCAUAUGAAGCAGUGGAUGGGAAGAAUCCAAUUACAGCUGUCACCACAAUGCCAGCGCCACACUGCAGCGUCGUGUUUGGAAGUGCAGAUUCCGUUCUCCGCUUCAUUGAUCCUCGUAAACCAGGACUGCAGCAUGAAUUUCGUCUGGUGUACAACAACAUAAGCGCCGGGCUCAUCCGAUAUUUGGCUGUUAGCCCGACAGGACGUACAGUUGCGGCGGGUUUCUCGUCUGGCUUCAUUGUUCUCCUAGAUGCACGCACAGGCCUGGUUCUGAGGGGCUGGCCUGCUCAUGAAGGAGAUAUCCUACAAAUGAAGGCGGCAGAAGGAAACUUGAUCAUCAGUUCAUCCACAGACUACACCCUCGCUGUGUGGAAAGAUCUGGAGCAAAAACCCCUUCGCCACUACAAGUCACAAUCCGACCCCAUUCAUGCCUUUGACUUUUACGGCUCCGAGAUCGUAACUGGAACCAUGGCCAACAAGAUCGGCAUCUACUCUGUGCCGGACAUCUCACUAAGCCCUGUCGGCAGUACCAAGCUGAGCUCUGAGAACUUUCGGGGUACCCUGGCCAGCUUGGCGGUGCUGCCCACCAAGAGGCUUCUACUUUUGGGCUCGGACAACGGCGCCAUUCGCUUGUUGGCUUGAUUAUGAGCGACCGAUCUAACUUUUUGAGGCACCAACUUGAACAAGCACCACCUUACAGUACCUGUACUUUUUAUUUUAAAGUAUUUUGACAUUUAUUAUUUUUUUGGACAUGCUCUGUUAUUCUGUUCAAACAAACCAGAAAACUAGCUCAGGAAAGAAAAAAACGGACCCGCUUUUUUUGUAGUCUCUUUCCGAAUAGACUCAUUACACAAAAGUAAGUACACAACUCACGUUUCAGCAACCCUUUCAUGAUAUUUUGGGGUAGUCUGUGUACAGCUUGUAUAGCAAUAUAGCUUUACUGUUCUCUGAAAAUAUAACAACGCAAGUAUCGCCCAAAUUGUAUCAAUAUUUAAUGUGAGCACCAUUAUCUUGCGCUGCCUUAAUCCUCUUGGGCAUGGAAUUCACCAGAACUGCACAGGUUGUUACUGGAGACCUUUUUUACCACUCCUCCAUAAUGACAUCACUGGUGGAGAUGGUGGAUGUGAGACACCUUGCACACCUCCACUUUCCUCCCGCUUGAGGAUGCCCCACGGGUGCUCAAUUUGGUUGAGUCCAUCGCCUUUACCUUCCUGGGAAAGACACUUAUCUUGUGUUUGGGCUCCUUAAAACUGCCAUGAUAUAUCUUACAUGUUAUAAUUUACCUCGGUGUCCCUUGAGAAUAAAUAAUAAAAUAGUUGCUGAAGUGUGAGGGGUGUUCUCACUUUUGUGAGAAACUGAACCAACACCAAAAAUAACCAGUAACGCCAUUUUUCAUUUCCCUUUAUCAUUAAGGCACCCGUGUGCAAUGCACUGAUUCAACUAUGCAGUAUUUGUCGUUUUUUUGUGUGUGUUAGUUUAAUUCUAUUUUUGUUGAUAAUUAAAGUUUUCAGCACAGCCUCUAAAAUUGAUGCUCACAUUUAGGUUCUUGUAUUUAUUGUGUUUUUUUUUUUUUUGCAUUUUCUGAACAUUGUCGACAAGUUGAGCAACAUUGAACUCGGAGCAUCAAGAUCAGUCAAUGCCAAGAUCAACAGUUUUGUACUUCAAUAUUUCUAUGAAAAAUACAUUUAAUAAAAAUAUUUAAUAAAGGUCAAAUCUUGUACGAAAAAUGCACUCUUUAAUGUGGACCAGGUUUUUCCACUUUAGUCAUGAUUUGUAUGUUACUUCAUAUGGUUAAAGUGUCUUUUUCAUACUUUUCUAAUGAUUUGCUCAAAGCUCACAAUCACGUUUUUUAACUUUUUCAUAAUUUCUCAUCAUUGUUUAACUGAACCAAUGAUGUUUUAAGCUUAUCAAUUGAUCAUUUUAAAAGCUCUGUGGUAAUCCAUGUUUAUCAUUUAGAUAAAUAAAAAAAA